GACAGUGGUAAACAGACGUCAGAAGGGAGUCUUCGCCUCGAGUCAAAACAAAACAAAACAAAACAAGUCAAAAAGAUGCUGAAGAAUUAAGUAUUUGGACCGACACAACUGCGGGAAGUUUUUCAACACUCGUGGCCGCUUAAAAUCGGCUACUUGGAGGAAGUUAUCGGGGUCUUUUCACGGACUUUUUCCACGGAUUGUAAACUCUGGAGUAGCAGGAGCUUAAGCAGCUAACGUUACGGAGGCUAUCGUGCUGCUUUCAAAGUGCGGCGGGUUGGAGCCGACAGACCGCCGAGGCGCCACAACUUCCCCUCAACUCCCGGUAAAUCCUCCGCGCGGAUGGUCCUCGUACAGUCCGGGGGACUUUAGAUCCGAGCCGCGGGCCUCGGUGGAGGUUGUUUUUUUCUCCCCCCUUUUUUAAAAUAACCGAUUCUUCGAGCAUCGUGCGCCGCGGCAGGAGUGUAGAAACAUGGCAGAUGGUGACACGCGCCCGGCCCCAAUGUGGCGCAUCGCGCAAACCUGAAGCACGGACUUCUCCGCCGCACGUUUCUCCCCUAUUCCCACGUUUAAUGACACAUGAAUGCUGUUGAUUAUUUUUCAUGAUUAUGUUAAGUAGUUCAUCAGCCGACGAUCGGUUGUUUAGUUCCAGCGUUUUUAAAAUAAAGUCCAAAGAGGCGACGGCCACAUUUCUACUGGGCUUUUAAGAACAUUAUUUUUCUCUGCCGGGAUACAGAAGACAGUUUUUUCUUCUCUUCUGGUUUUUACUUUUUGAUUUUUUUUUUCAUACAUUGCGUUUUUAAAAACAUUUUAUUUUAUUUUUGGGGGGGAGAGGGGGGGCAGCUUGUUAACCAAACCUUUAAAUCGGUCGUCAUUUUCUUUUACAUUUCUUUUUUGUGUGUGUGAGAUUUUUAUUUAGUAAAGUUGGUGUGAAGGAUUGUUGGCUCGCGGAGCGUCCAGACAUCACGUUGUUUACAAGUGGAGACGGACAAGAGCUCAGGAGAUCUUUUGUAACUGUAGCCAGCUAAUCCCUAUUUGUAGUCCUCGUCGAAAAAGACAAAAAACAAAAGGUCCCGGCAUUGAUGAGAAAUUAUAUACACACAGUUUGACAAAUGUGGUACAUCCUUAAUUUUGAUUUCUUCCAAUAUCUUUAUAAAAUUUAUUCUUUUAAAAUAUUUACCAUCUUCAGAUGUUAAAAUUGAGUGUUUAUUGGCAGGAAUGGCAUUAUUUCGUAUUUGUGUACCUUUUUGGUAGCUCUAUUCAUCUUCAGGUGAACUCAAAACCUCUGUAGAGCCAGAUGUUUUGGUGCUCAUUGACACUUUUGUUUUCGUUUCAUUCAAACAAAGGGACUCUCAUCCUGGCCUUUUCUUCAUUCUACAUAAAUCGGAAGGUUUAUGAUAGUUACUAUUAAGGAGAUUAUUUGGGUUCCCUAAUCUCCAAUCUGAGGAUUAACUGAGGCUAUUGGUGUGUCCAGAUUACGUCUCUUCAACGGACCCCUCUGUUUACAUCCCCGCUCCGACUCAAGCACAUUGUUUUUGUUUUGUUUUUUCGUUUUUGUUAAAACACCAAAAGUUGACUUUUGAAGGUAGAUGUUUUAAGUGUUGUCAUCUUCUUGGUUGAGUGGAAAAGUUCAGAGGACCGACCAUGGAGGAGUCCUCGGCGCCCCCCAUUGACCCAGAUUUCGAGCCGCAGAGCCGACCCCGCUCCUGCACUUGGCCCCUGCCGAGGCCCGACAUCACGGCCGUCAAACCAGAGGGGGCGGACGGCUCCGAGUCCGCCGCCGGGACCCCGCCCGCGGACGACGACAAGCCCGAGCCGCAGCAGAUCAUCUCGGAGCCCGAGAAGGCCGCGGCGGGGGCGGACGGAGUGGCCGAGGGAGGGGUCGCGGCGGGCCCCGGCGGAGCCGGCGCGACGCCCCGCAAAGGGUCGUCCCGGCGCAACGCGUGGGGGAACCAGAGCUACGCGGACCUGAUCAGCCAGGCCAUCGAGAACUCGCCCGAGAAGAGGUUGACCCUGGCACAGAUCUACGAGUGGAUGGUGAAGACGGUGCCGUACUUCAGAGACAAAGGGGACAGCAACAGCUCCGCGGGCUGGAAGAAUUCCAUUCGCCACAAUUUAUCUCUCCACAACAAGUUCUUGCGGGUGCACAAUGAAUCGACGGGCAAGAGCUCCUGGUGGAUGCUCAACCCGGAGGGGGGGAAGACGGGCAAAGCUCCCCGCCGCCGGGCCGCCUCCAUGGACAACAGCAGCAAACUGCUGAAGAGCCGCAUGAGGGCCAAGCAGACCAAGAAGCUGGCGGGAGCGGCCGGCGCCGGGGGGGCCCUGCAGGGCGACGGCGCCGCCGGCUCAGCCGGGGCAGACAGCCCCAAUUCGUCCCAGCAGUUCCCCAAGUGGGGGGUCAACAACAGCAGCCCGUCGUCCCGCGGCAGCCUGGACGACUCCGACAUGUGGACCACCUUCCGCCCGCGCACCAGCUCCAACGCCAGCACGCUGAGCGGACGCCUGUCCCCCAUCGCUCCGGGACAGGAGGACGACGACAACCUGCCAGAGGACGGACUGCUGGGAAGAUACGCCGCCAGCAGCUUGACCCCCACCCUCACCGAGACCCUGAUGGAGGAGCUGGACCUGAUCGACGGCCUCACCCUGAUGACCGGGCAGCAGGGAGGGGCCAGUCCCAGUACGGCGCCGCCGGCGCCUCCGACCCCGCUGCCCUCGGCCUCCACCCUGCUGCCCCGUGGCUCCAGCUUCUCCUCCUUCCACCAGCUGCAGCAGUCGAGCCUCCCGCAGGCCCCGCCGCGCGGCGGCACCCAGGCCGCCGCCUCCCCGUGUGGGAUGGGCAGCGAAGAGUCCUCCACCUUCAGCAACUCCCUCUUCAACCCCAUGGCCGGCUCCGGCUCGCGUGGGGGGGGCGGCCAUUACGGCACCCACGUGCCUUCCAGCCUGGAGGCGCUGCUCACCUCCGACUCCCCUCCUCCCAGUGAUGUCAUGAUGGGCCAGGUGGACCCCACCCCCCCGGGACUGGGCAUGUUGGGACUGGGCGUGAGGUCCAAACCCAACCAGCUGCUCCUGGGCAAAGGGCUGGAGCCCAACACGGGGGCCCCGAUGGUGCUGCAGGCUCAGAUGCAGCAGCAUCACCACCACCUGCACCACCACCACCACCACCAGCAACAACAACAACAGCAGCAGCAACAACAGCAACACCAGCCACAACAGCACCAGCACCACUCUCAGAUGGGGUUGGGGAUGAUCCUCUCAGGUAUGUCUCAGGACCCGUCACAGCUCGCCGCCCUCAAAGCCCAACACGCCGCGGUGCCCGCGGUGGGCUCUCACCACGGCAACCCCUCCGGCUCAGCCAAUCCCGGCCUGAGCCUGCUGGGAAUGAGUCCGUUUGGAACGCCGCCCUGCUUCGCGACCGGCCACGACCGGCUGCCCACAGACUUGGACAUUGACAUGUUCACCGAAAACCUGGAUUGUGACGUGGAUUACAUCAUCAACAGUGACCUCAUGGCAGACGGCAUCGACUUCAACUUUGACCCCAUACUGCCCGGAGGCCAAGGCUGCGCCGGGCCGGCCACCACGCAGGGCUCCGCUCAGAGCUGGGUGCCCAGUUAGUUCCCCCAGCUGACCACACAGCCAGUCAGCCAGGAACUGUUCUUCAAUCACAACAACCUCACAAAACGACCGGUGCGCUGCUCCUCCUCCCUGCGGGACCAAGAUACUAUUUUUCAAACGAAGCGCUUCUCUCAUACCUUUUAAGUCCAGACCUCAGUCGUGUCACGUGCCAAGACAUGCGGAGGCCAGGGAGGAGCUGCAGGCUUCUAUGCACAAUACAUAUAUCUCCUUUUUUUUUUUUUUUUUUUACAAUUAGGCUGCUAGCCGUUUUUCUUUCCUUCUCAUCCGAACUGGUGGCUUUUAAAAGAGACGUUUGUGACAUAAUGUUUUUAUUUUAAAAGAGUGAAAAGACAAAUCAUCAACUUGUAUUUCAGUCAUGUUAUGUUCAGGACAGCUUCAGGUUGGAAACGGUACGGCACGAGCUGCCCAACCGGGCGCCGCUGCGGGAGCGCGGGACGGUUUCACCGCAGGAUCGAAGAGGAAAGACGGCGCUGCCGGAGGGACGAGAGGCUCCACUCCACAGUUACUGCACAUCUCGCACGAUUUGCGAUUUAAGUUCAAGUCACGUAAAGAAAAGGUUUUUUUCCUCCUGUGAAAAUUUGGCGAUUCAGCGAUUCAGGAGUCAUUGUGGAAUUUUUGACUUCAAUCCAGCGUGUUUUGGUAGAUGUCAGUUAGAGGUGUGUUUUAAACUUUUAAAUCCCCGACGUGCAGUUAAAACUAACAACAUGAAGAAAUGUAACUUGUGAAUUUAUACACGGGGCAUUCGAGGGUAAAUUUAUUUGCCAACAAGCGAUCGAUCGGCCAGGUGUUGAAUCUUCUUCCCUUUUUGUUUUUUAUCGAGCCUUUGCGAUUUCAAAGCACUUAGGUUUCCUGUGACGCAGGGAGCCCAAACCGAGGAGACACAUUAGGUUAUAUCAUUUCACAAAGAGUUUAAAUCCUGUAAAAAAAAUAAGAAUUUAAAAACCACGGUUGCACAACGUCACGCCAUGCAGAUUUAUCAGGAGAACUAAAUGAAAUCUUGAAGGAAAUUUUUUAAAGAAAGAAAGAAAAACCUUCUUGAAAGGUUUUGUUAUUUAAAGUUUUCCUGAUAUUUCGUUCAUGUCAAAAUAUUCGCUUACACUUUAAUUAUUCAGUUUAAGAAACUAAUUAUCUGUGCGAAAGUACAAAAGAAGAAUAUAUUUGAUUAUAGUUUUAAUAUACAAUUUAGAUGGAAGUAAUAAGAUAUUAAUACAUAUAAAUAUAUUACUAAUGACAAGUGUUUUUUACAUUGGAGGAAGCAUUCUCAGAUCAUUUUUAACGGUCAUUUUCUAUACUUGUAUUUUUGUAAAGGAUGAGAUGCAUGUAGAUUUUUUUACGUAACCAAAGGAACACUAAUACUUGCAUGAUAUUUCGGGAUGCUUGGGCCUGACAGUAUCUCGGUGUACAUAAGCUUUGCAAAAGAUGCCUGCAACGUGAUGUGUGACUUUGAGAGUGGAGUGAGGCAUCGAUAAACAAAAAUCCUGAUGAUCUGCCUCAUUAUUUUCUGCAUUAAUUGUGAAUCCAAGUAAAUAGAAGUUAAAAGAUCUGCACUGAAACGUGUCACGACGAAAAGAAGAUAAAAAAAAAACCUUCAUCGUCCCACUUUUCAACACGUCGUCGCAUUCUCAUCUCAAAACGAGGCAAAUACAACCUCUCGGGGAGGAAACAUCAGGAAAAAGCACAGAUGUAAUCGGAAGAUAACGUAACAAACGUUUAUCGUGCACAUUUUCGCGCCACGUCUGUGUGUUUGGUUUUCACUCUUAAAAAGAGUGGACCUCCAAUCUGACCUCCCGUUAUAGAGAUGUAUUCUAGCUCCCCAGCAAUGCGUAUCAUUACUAUACUACUCCUUGGGUUUUACUUUGACUGCCAAUAUUUAAAACACUAUAGCAUGACUUUAUUCUGUCAUCCGCCCCCUUCUGUUUCUAUGUUUUGUGCUUGUAUUUAAUUACUCUUGUAACGUGUCACGUGUCAACGUGUUUGUGAUCAGAAAUAACAUCCCAGCAGUUUAAACUCUUCACUUAUUUCACUGUAGUUACGUGAAUAUUGUAGUCUCUGAUUUUUAUAAAGCACUCUGUUCUUUUUGUACUUUUCUUAUGGUGCUAGGUGUCAUUUCUGACGCGUCCUGACGAACGGCCCGAUGCUGUGGCUGCAUAUCAGGCCUUUUGAAUUGUCUGUGUCCAACACAAAGAUCAACAGUCUCUCUCCAUUUGUUAUGUUUUUACAUAAAUGUAUAACCCCCCCCCCUCUGAACUGGUCGUUAAGUAGAUCUGGAAACAGAAGACCGGCUGCAUGAUUUUAUUGUUAUUUUAAAUCACAACAUUUAAUUCUUUUAGAAAGUUGUAAAUCCAACAACUCCUCCAGUUUCUCUCAACUAACGUGCAGAUGUUGGGAAUGUUAUUGACGUUUGAAGGUGCGUCGUGGCACCUGGUUGGAUGUCUCUAGUUUACUGGGUUGGUGUGGUGUUAUUACUUCCCUUGUAUUUCCCCCUCUAUCGAAUACUUAUCUUCAUAUGUUGUUCACUUUUCUUUAAGUAGCAGUUAGUCUACGUAUGUUUGUUUUGAAAGUUAAAAAUGGCCCAUUUGAUACAGUAUUUUAGUUUUCAGCCAGGGCUUUUCUUCCGUUGGGUGGACAGGGAAUAAUGAGUUGUGCAUAAGCCAAUUAUGUUUGUGAUUUUUGAUUUGUGUUGAUAGUCUUUGCCCCCCCACCCCCUCCAAAUCCAUCAAGUUCUUCAAAAUGUGUAAACUCAGCCACGGAUGACCAACAGUUCUGAAAAUCAGAAAUAAAUCAAUAAAAAUGUUUAACUUG